GUUUAUUUCUUUCCCGUUUGCUUUCCUCUUCUUUUUCUUAUAUAUUCUUUUCUUUUUUUGCUUGUAUAAAUGUAUUCACCUGAUCAAUGGGAGAUUAUUGCAGAAGUCAAUAGCGUUGCGUGCAUAACUAUCGUUUCUUUGAUUUUUGGUCGAAAGGUGGCGAGUAUUGAUGGACCUAUACAUUACGUGCGAGGACUACUCUUGGUCCUGUAUGGACUGUCAUGGGCAUUUAAUUUGAUUGCAUGUAUGCUGACCAGCACAAACAAUGGAAACUACAUUUCAUGUGUCUUGACACAUUAUAACUGUGCUAUCAUAUACACCGCAAGUAAAAUCGUAUUAUAUCUUUAUUUCAUUGAAAAGAUCCAUAUUAUUUCGGUGCCAAAAAUGAGCAGGUUCAAAUCAGGCAUGUACUUGAUGAAUUUGGGUUUAUUACUGCCUAAUAUCGCGAUAAUUAUACUGCAAAUCGUGUUUCGAAUCGACAUCGUUGCUGAAUCCUUUCCGUUCCAUUGCACCGUCGGAAUGAAAUUACCAGCUUCAGUGGUUUCCUUAUCUUAUGAUGUUGUUCUGUCCGUACUAUAUAUCGGUGUCUUUGUAAAGUAUUACUGUUUCCCAAAUACAGCCCAACAGACUGCACAUCAGUCCUCUUCACUGCACAUGAUGGCCAAGCGAAAUAUUAUUGCAGCCAGUGUUUCUUUGGUAACUUCAUGUGCCAAUUAUAUCGUUCUGAUAAGUUUAAACGGUUUCGAAAGAGGGUUAGUCGCAUCCAGUUCAGCCGCAUUGUCCGUUACAAUCAUUUGCAUUGUCCUUCACUGGGUGACAACCCAUCCUGCUGAAAUCCAGCUAAAUGAAAGAGCUUUACAGAGAGUGAAUGGAGAUAAGCCCGUCAAGCUUGAGAUUAAACAGCACCAAGAAGUCGUAAUCUUAACUGAAUUGAAUCGCGUUUAAAUACCAUUUAGAUUUUAUUUUACCUUAAUUCCUAAUAUUUCUCCUUAUAUUUGCUCCCUCCCUAU